GUGCGGACACUGUUGUAAGGGUCAAUACACAGAUAGUGGUAUGAUACGGGUUUGGAAGACAGACAGGGUGAUACGUCAUUCUGCGAUCGGUCGACAACUAUACACAAGACACUUCAUUAUCGUAUUUGUCGAACCAAUUCUCUGUUCUAUCAAAACGUAUUAAGGUAAACUUUGUCAUGAAAACCGUCGGUGUAUACCAAGUGUAAUUAAAACAACAUACCUAUCAACAAGGCCAGAGGUUUGACUCAAGAGUAAGUGUGAACCACGUCAAUGAGGAGGAGGGGAGCAGAGGAGUAGCUAUACGGCGGUAUAAGUGUGCUAAGAUCACGUGGUUUCAGCACUCGAGAACGGAGCUGCACAAGUACUGCACCAUCUGAGGCAAUUCUGUCGUAGCCAAGGGUUUGAUAAGUGGCCAUGUCGUGCAGAUCUUCUCUCGUGUUUCUAGGACUAGUGUUUGUCCUGAUGAUCACCAAGAGUUCAGCGCGAUCAGUUGAAAACUCGCUGAGUCAAAGAGAGCGCCAGGAUAUUAUGGUGCUAGCUGCGAGGAUUAUCAAAAUUGCAAUGUCAGCGUCAUCUUCCUCGAAUGACGUCAUGGACAAGCGUAACGCAGGAACAAUCGACUCCUUGUACAAUUUACCGGAUUUAUUCGCCGCUGGAAAAUGAAUAACAAACAUGGCUGACAUGUUCAUAGCAAUGCUAUUUAUUUAAUCCGAUGUACAGUUUUCAACAAAAAGCAUACUGUUUGAAAAUUU